AUCUAUUAAUAUUAUAAUCAACUUACAUAUAAAGAAAAUGAAGCUACAGUCAAUUUUGCUCUUGUCGGCCAUUUUGUCGACGAACUUAGUUCUGGGAAAUGACCCCAUGGCAAAAAUUAAAGUGGAUAAAUUAAUUGUAAAUUCAUUCCCAAACCCGUAUUAUGACAAAUGGACAGCAGAAUUUUACAGUCCCGGUGAUAUAAUCUCUGCUAAACUACCACUGAAGAAAGAUCUACCAGAAACAAUUAUCAUGAAAUUUAACCUCAAAUUCAUGGGAAUCCCCCUUCCCGAAGUAGAACUUUCUUUAUGCGAAGCAUUGGAAGACGAGACUUACGCAAAGGAUGUCAUGGAAAGAGGACUUCCGGUUGGUGAAUUUCCUACAAAGUGUCCAAUAAAAGCAGGUCUAGAAUAUGAAAUAUUUAAAUACGUAAUUUCAAAUGAGAAGAUCAUACCUGGUUGUCCAGAUGGUAGAUUCGAAGUUGAAAUCGUUUUGUAUGAGCCUGGUAAUGAUCCUCUUGUUACUGCUCACGUUGAAGGUGACUUGUUGCACACAUAUCCUGGGCUGUCUGGAGUUCCAACAUUUGGCUUUAAAUAAUUUUUGUUAUUUUAAAAAUUGACACUUUAGUUAACAGAACUAUCACUAAUUUUUUAUUUUUUUCAAAACAUAUGUCUCUUAAAAAAUUUCAUUUAUGAUUUUUAAUUAAGGUAGUUUGGGUGCCAAAUGACUUCAACUUGACCCCAUAUUUUUUUAUAUUCAUUCGAAAGAUUAUGAUUUAAUACAUCUAUAGAAAAAAAAUCAGAUUUUUUUACUACACCGAUUAAGAGAUAUAAUUAAUUGAAAUUAUGCAAAAAUACACGAUCUCUUAUGAGUGUCCUUGUUCAAUAACUCCGGAAAUAGAGGAUUUAUAAAAAAUCGGCAAACUUGACCCCAUAAAAAAAACUUUCCAAUAGAUAGAACAAUGUUCCAUACAUAUUCUAUCAAAAUUUGAUAACGAUUUACCACAUAGUUUUAAUUUAAUUAAUUUUUAACUUCC